AUGCUUGCCCCCGCUGUGGUUGAUUUUAUUGAGAUUUUUGAUGGUGUAGGAUCUUUUAUCUUUGUUGAGCGCAGCAAUGAGGACAGGCCCACCUUUCAUAUUCAGACCUGCAAUGAGAUUUCUGCGGCGAAAUCCCAUUUUCCUACCAAAGCAGAUCCCUCUGUUCUGUAUGCCGGCUCACUGUUGCGUGAGAAGCCUGACAUGCUGCGAGGUAUGAUCACAACCAUUGCCAAUGAUGUUACCGUGUCAGUCAUUUAUGCCGAAAGUGAUGAUCUUGCCCACUAUCUCGUCGGGGAGGCUGGGAAAAUGGCUUAUGCUCCCUAUAUUUCUACCAGUGGAAGGAUGAUGGACAGCGUGAUGCGUCAAUCGCCUUCCGCCUGA